AUGCACAAGGCAACGGUCAUUGAUGAAAAAUGGGGCGGCGUGCUGCAUGCAAGUGAUGUGCGAACGUCUAUUCGAUACCAACUCCCUUCAAAGUACUACUACGGAUUCUCCUUCCUCACCUCAUUUUACGAGAUCGUGGCCACCAUGUUCGAAUACGAAGCACCAAUCAAGGAAGUCGAACGCACCGAGAUUACCGCACUGACUACUUCAAAGGACAAAAUAAAUCUGGAGCUUUUCACUGGGAGAAGCGAGAACGCAGUACUUCAAGAGAAGAUUGAGGAAAAAGAGAAACACAGAGAUAUCCUGCUCCACAUGGUCAAGAGGCUUACUGAGGCUUUGUCGCUACCCAAAGCCAACACCGAGGGUGCUGGAGAACAUGCGGGCGCAGAAACAAACCCCAAUAACGCGAAUCACCUACAUGGCCUCCCUAAUGCUAGUGCUCUGAGCUAUCUUCCAGCAAAUCCGGAUCAGCCUAGCUUCUCCAACCCACCACCCACCCAGCACACCCACUGGACACAGCAACUCUACACUCCCAAGGAAGAACGAGGUGUCCUAACCGCAAAGUUGCGCAUCGUGGAAAGGGAGCGAGAGCAGUACCUACGCCAGUACAAGAUGUUACGCGCGCAAAACCAUGAGAGACGCACCGAGGAGCAGCUGCGCCAGUACAGAAGCUUCAUGUCGCACAAGCAUAAAGAAUGCAACAAGCAGUCCGGCGAUGGCGUGCAGGAGGGUAAAGUCAAGAAGGAAAAGGGAGACCUGAAGCUUAAGCGUCGUAAGCACAAGGAAAAGGAUAGGCUCAAUCGAGAGGUCACCGAGGCUUUUCUCAAGAGGCUUGAGUUUAAUCUGGUCAUCUGCGAGAAGUCGAAUGGCAAGUCUGAGUAGGGAUGUGUGAGUUGAUAGGACCGGGAGGACAUACGAGGCAAUUGACGCUGGUCCUUGGGUGUUCUACGAGUAUUCGAGGAGUAAUUGGGCAUUUGUGGGGAUAACGGAG